AUGGCCACCCAGAUGAGCUCUCCUGCGAGGGGGUUGCCUCCGAGCAGCAUGCCCGAUCCUACAUCGUCCGCUGCUGCGCGACCAACAACAAAUGCAUUAUCGAUGGACGAAGAUGAGCAAGAAGGUCAAGAACAAGAAAAUAGUGGUGGUGGCAGGAGACGCGGUCGUCAGCAACGAACCCAGCCAAACGACGUUCCUCGUGUGAAAGAUGAUGUUGGAGCAAGCGUAACCCAGGCUUUUGAGCUGUUUCUACGGACGUAUACUGAAGGGGUCGCGUUAGCCCCCACACCUGGUUCAGAGGGCGAUGUUCCGGAUGCACAAGCUGACGAGCUACUCUAUAUCGUGCAGAUUCGCGAUAUGGCCCUCCACAACAUCACCACUCUUUACGUCGACUUCACCCAUGUCCUCCUGAAGGACGAUGUGCUUGCCGGCGCGAUUCAACGGCAGUACUACCGUUUCGUUCCAUUUUUGCAACAAGCGGUCGUCAAUCUGGUCGGCGAAUAUGUGCCAGAAUACCUCAAAGAAAACCCCAGCCAGGCAAACACCGAUUCGGCGAACCACAAGGCACGCGAAUUCAAUGUCGCUUUUUAUAGCCUCCCUCUGGUCUCCGGCAUCCGCAGUCUGAGGACAGAGAAGAUCGGGACUCUCAUGAGCAUCAGCGGAACUGUGACGCGGACGAGCGAAGUCAGACCAGAGUUGCUAUCAGGCACCUUCGUCUGCGAAGUCUGCAGUGGAGUGGUGACAGAUAUUGAGCAACAGUUCAAAUACACUGAGCCUUCAUUAUGUCCUAACCUCACCUGCGGCAAUCGCACCGCUUGGAAACUGCAAAUCGAAAACUCGAAAUUUACUGACUGGCAAAAGCUCCGUAUCCAAGAAAACCCCUCCGAAAUCCCAACUGGCUCAAUGCCACGGUCGCUUGAUGUUAUCCUUCGGUCUGAAAUGGUCGAACGUGCAAAGGCCGGGGACAAAUGCACGUUUACGGGAACCUUCAUCGUUAUUCCCGAUGUUAGCCAACUCGGAUUACCUGGAGGAAAUCAAGCCCAACUUCAACGCGAUGCGAGUCGUGGAAGUGGAAGAGCGGUAACGGGUGGGAUUAGUGGAGGUGUUACGGGCUUGAAGAGUCUGGGUGUGCGGGACCUGCAGUACAAGACUGCGUUUUUGGCGUGUAUGGUGACUGACUCGGAUGCGAGGAGUGGGGCAAACCUGAGAGGCGAAGAGGAUAUUGCGGACUCUAUGGAGGAUGAAGAAUCUGACGAAGAAGAAUCGGCACAGGAAAAGGCUAAUCGCACUCCUGAGGAGAGACACGAAAAGCGGAUCCGACAAGCCCUCAUCAACACGUUCACGGAGCAAGAGUUUGACGAACUCAAGAGUAUGCUUCAUGGAGAUCAUAUCUACCAUCGUCUCGUCCAGAGCAUCGCUCCAACCGUAUACGGUCAUGAAAUAGUGAAGAAGGGUAUUCUUCUGCAGUUGAUGGGUGGUGUCCACAAGGAAACUCCCGAAGGCAUGCAUCUUCGUGGAGACAUCAAUAUCUGUAUUGUGGGGGACCCGUCAACAUCAAAAUCGCAGUUCCUCAAAUAUGUCUGUUCGUUCUCUCCCAGAGCAGUUUACACUUCCGGCAAAGCCUCUUCUGCUGCCGGUCUUACGGCCGCUGUCGUCAAAGACGAGGAAACGGGUGAUUUCACCAUCGAAGCUGGUGCACUCAUGUUGGCGGACAACGGCAUCUGCGCUAUCGACGAAUUCGACAAGAUGGACAUCAGUGACCAAGUCGCUAUUCACGAAGCCAUGGAACAACAGACGAUAUCGAUUGCAAAAGCCGGUAUUCAUGCUACACUCAAUGCACGAACGUCGAUUCUUGCGGCUGCGAAUCCGAUUGGAGGAAGAUACGACCGGAAAAAGUCCCUCAGGAGUAAUGUGCAGAUGACUUCGCCCAUUAUGAGUCGUUUUGACCUCUUCUUUGUGGUACUCGACGAAUGCGACGAGAAGACCGAUCUCAACAUUGCCCGGCAUAUCGUCAAUGUCCACCGAUUCCAAAACGAGGCUAUUAAUCCUGAAUUCAGUACGGAGGCUUUGCAGAGGUAUAUUCGUUAUGCGAGGACGUUCAAUCCCAAGCUUUCGCCCGAAGCAGCUGACAUCCUCGUCGAAAAGUACCGGAUUCUUCGACAAGACGACUCGACUGGUCUGGGACGAAAUUCAUAUAGGAUAACGGUCCGACAACUGGAGAGCAUGAUUCGACUUUGCGAAGCCAUAGCGCGGGCCAACUGCAAAUCUAUCAUUGACCCAUCAAUGGUGCGGGAGGCGUAUAGUCUGCUUCGACAGUCGAUUAUCCACGUUGAGCAAGACGACAUCGACUUUGACGAGGAGGAGCUGCGUGGGGAGCGAGGAGAUGCGCCUAGACCGACAGCCACAAACGACGGUCAGACACAGGACGAAACUGAUGGUGAUGUGGAGAUGUCCAUGGACGAUACCGAUGGACACUCGAUCCCAGUGACGACCAUUCACCGCCAAGCACCAGUUGCAAGCUCAGAGUCAGACCCGACGAAUGCGAGCACGAGCGACCAGCCUCAGCCAGGCCCCGCCCCGCCGAAACGACGGAUGAUCAUCACCCACGAUCAGUUCAUAACUCUCCAGAGCUUGAUUGUGCUGCAUGUCUCGUCUGUGGAGCAGGAAACGGGGCUGGGUGUGGACAGGGACGAUCUGAUAGACUGGUACUUGGAGCUGAAAGAGCCAGACAUGCAGGACGAAGCGGAUGCGGACUACGAAAAGGAGUUGAUUACCAAGAUGCUCAGAAAGCUCGUCAAGGACAACUAUCUCCUCGAAGUCAAGGGCGACGUGCAGGAAUCGCUCCCGUCAAUGGAGGAAGAGAGCCAACCAACAGACAGUGAAAACGUCAAAGUCCACUAUAUGGUCCAUCCGUCAGUAGAUAUGGAGGGUUCCUCAUUCGCGUCGACUAUGUAA